AUGGGUUCGACACCAGGAAAUACGUUUGUGGACGGUAAACCGACCAAGAUUGAGACACGAUUAUUUAUUAAUGGAGAGUUUACCGCGUCGUCGGAUGGGAAGAAAUUCAGUAUCUACACCCCCUCAAGCCAUGAGCUGGUCGCAGAAGUCUACGAGGCUAGCGUCGAGGACACCAACAGAGCAGUAGCUGUAGCUAAAGCAGCACAGCCGAAAUGGGCUGCAUUAUCCCCAACGGAACGUAGUGCCCCGCUGAAGAGGCUCGCCGCGCUACUGCGUGAGCACACAGAUGAGCUUGCUUAUCUCGAAGCUGUUUCUAUGGGGCGACCCGUUAGUGGUUACGCUGAUAGCAUGAUAGCUGCGCACAAAUUUGAAUCUUUUGCCGAAGCUGGAUAUACUGCCAAAGGAGUUUCAAGCUUGAAUACCCCCGGGUUCGUGAACAUGACACUCCGGCAACCGUUUGGUGUAGUAGCAGCAAUUAUUCCAUGGAAUGUGCCUCUGGUCACUCUCUCUGGAAAGGUUGCCCCAGCCCUUAUAACAGGCAAUACCGUUGUUCUUAAGAGCAGCGAAAAGGCCCCCUUGACAUCUCUCAAACUCGCAGAGCUUUCGAUUCAAGCGGGCUUUCCUCCCGGAGUACUCAAUAUACUUUCCGGACAUGGUCAAAUCAGCGGUGCCACUCUAUCUUCGCACAUGGACGUCCGUGCGAUAUCCUUUACUGGUUCCACCCGUGCUGGAAGUCUGAUUCAGACUGCUGCAGCGCAAUCGAACAUGAAGAAUGUCAUUUUGGAGCUGGGCGGAAAGUCUCCAGCUAUUAUCUUCGACGAUGCUGAUUUGGAAUCAGCAGCGUCCAAGACUGCCAACAGUAUUCAAUGGAAUAGUGGUCAGGUUUGCAUGGCAAACUCCCGAAUCUAUGUCCAAGACACUAUUGCAGAGAAAUUCCUCCGCCUGUUCAACAUAGCCUUUGGGUCUAUUCAGCAAGGAAACCCACUGAAUCCAACCACCAACCAUGGCCCAAUGGCAGAUGAUAUCCAGUUCAAGGCAGUUCAGAGAUAUAUUGCGUCGGGUAAAGAUUCUGGAACGCUCACCAUGGGUGGUGGCUCAAAGGAUGGGUUCGUGGAGCCGACAGUGUUUACCGACGUCCCACAGGAUGCAAAGAUCAUGAAGGAAGAGAUCUUCGGCCCGGUGGUGAACAUCUGCAUCUUCCAAACUGAGGAAGAGGCACUUGAAAAGGCCAACGAUACCGAGUACGGCCUCUAUGCAGCAGUCUUUACGAAGGAUCUCAACCGUGCAAUGCGGUUUGCGAAGGGCCUGGAAGCGGGAACUGUCGGUGUUAAUUGUACGUCACCCGUUACUGGCCACGACUUAUCCUUUGGAGGUUGGAAGUCUAGUGGAGUAGGAAGGGAAGGUCUACUUGACAGCAUCAGCGCCUUUUUAGAACAGAAGUCAGUCUUGAUCAAGAUCGAAUAG